GGGGAAAAAAAUAACACGUUGGGAUCUCAGGUCUCUGUUCUUCUCCUUGUUCACGUGUUCUCCCGUGUUCUCUAAGUUCCCCCGUCGUGAUGAACGUGUCCCCAGUACUCCUCUUCCUCUUACUGUUGAAUAAUUCCCUCGCAGCAAGAACAGAAGAGGAAGAAAAGAGUAAAAAUGGACAUAGAGUCGUGGUCAUCUCCCUAGACGGCUUUGGACACAGUUAUUUCACUAAGUACAAUUUUCGGCAUUUAAAUCAACUGGUUGUUCACGGGAGUUGUCCCGAGGUGUUCAGAAACCAAUUCAUCACAAAGACCUUCCCCAACCACUUCUCCAUUGUGACGGGGGUUUACGAGGAGACCCAUGGUGUCGUGGCGAAUGUCAUGUAUGACCCAGAUUUAGACAAGACGCUCCAUGUUGAUGACUGAUGAGUUCUUCACUCAGAAUCCUGGCAUCAUUCCU